AUGGAUGAUGAUGAUGUUUUGCAAGGUCCAAUCCACAGAAAUUAUCAACGUGAUGCAGGAAAAUAUCAAAUUAAUUUAGAAGCGCUGUUACAGUCCCGACCUCUGCCACAUAUUCCCCCUGGUACGACAUUACUCACAGACGCAGACUUACAUACGCAAAGUCAAGAUGGCAUAUCUCUGCACACACAAAAUCAUAGUCAAGGACAUAGUUCCGCCACAUCUGGUUUCGAGUCAGCACAUCGUUGGACAUCCAAAGAAAAUCUCUUAGCGCCUGGUCCCGAAGAAGAUGAUCCGCAAUUAUUCGUAGCUUUAUACGACUUUCAAGCAGGCGGUGAGAACCAAUUAAGUCUUAAAAAAGGCGAACAAGUCCGCAUUUUAUCAUAUAACAAAUCUGGUGAAUGGUGUGAGGCACAUUCAGAUUCUGGUAAUGUCGGUUGGGUGCCUUCAAACUAUGUAACACCACUAAACUCACUCGAGAAACAUUCUUGGUAUCAUGGGCCUAUAUCACGCAACGCGGCUGAAUAUUUGCUCAGUUCAGGUAUAAAUGGUAGUUUUCUAGUACGUGAAAGUGAAAGUUCACCUGGUCAAAGAAGUAUUAGUUUAAGAUAUGAAGGUCGCGUCUAUCAUUAUCGAAUAUCAGAAGAUCCGGAUGGCAAAGUAUUUGUGACAGCUGAAGCCAAAUUUAAUACACUAGCAGAAUUAGUACACCAUCAUAGUGUACCACAUGAGGGACAUGGACUGAUUACACCAUUAUUAUACCCAGCGCCAAAGCAAAAUAAACCAACAGUAUUCCCGUUAAGCCCAGAACCAGAUGAAUGGGAAAUUUGUCGUACUGAUAUUGUAAUGAAACAUAAAUUGGGUGGAGGCCAAUAUGGUGAAGUAUACGAAGCUAUAUGGAAACGUUAUGGCAAUACAGUAGCUGUAAAGACACUUAAGGAGGACACAAUGGCCCUUAAGGAUUUUCUUGAUGAGGCUGCCAUUAUGAAGGAGAUGAAACAUCCAAAUUUAGUGCAACUAAUUGGUGUAUGUACACGAGAGCCGCCCUUCUAUAUUAUCACCGAAUUUAUGUCACAUGGCAAUUUAUUAGAUUUUUUGCGUUCUGCCGGCCGUGAAACACUAGAUGCAGUUGCGCUUCUUUAUAUGGCCACUCAAAUUGCCUCUGGUAUGAGCUAUUUAGAAUCUCGCAACUAUAUACAUCGAGAUUUAGCGGCACGCAAUUGCCUUGUGGGUGAUAAUAAACUUGUAAAAGUAGCAGAUUUUGGUCUGGCGCGGCUGAUGCGUGAUGACACCUAUACAGCACAUGCUGGUGCUAAAUUUCCCAUAAAAUGGACCGCCCCCGAGGGAUUGGCAUAUAAUAAAUUUAGCACAAAAUCAGAUGUCUGGGCUUUUGGAGUGCUGUUAUGGGAAAUUGCUACAUAUGGAAUGUCUCCAUAUCCUGGUAUUGAUCUCACAGAUGUAUUUCAUAAAUUAGAGAAGGGUUACCGUAUGGAAAGACCGCCAGGAUGUCCGCCAGAAGUGUACGAUUUGAUGCGUCAAUGUUGGCAGUGGAAUGCAGCGGAUAGGCCUUCAUUUAAGAGCAUACACCAUGCUCUGGAGCAUAUGUUUCAGGAAUCAUCGAUAACUGAAGCGGUCGAGAAACAACUGAAUGCUACAACAACAACAGCUGCAACACAGAGCCUUACGCCACAAAUGGGUAAAAAAGGUGUGCCGUCAAUGGUAAGUGGUAGCGGCGUUGGACUAACACCAGGUGGUCAUCACGAUCAGCAGGCGAGCACACCAAUGUCAGAAACUGGUUCCACAUCAACAAAACUGAGUACAUUUUCCAGUCAGGGUAAGGGUAAUGUGCAAAUGCGUCGGACAACAAAUAAGCAAGGCAAACAAGCACCUGCGCCACCAAAACGAACAAGUUUGCUAUCAACAAGUCGUGAUUCUACUUAUCGUGAGGAUGAUUCGCGCAAUUUAAUUGACGAAUUGAAUACAAAUGGUCUGUCACGCGACAUAAAUAAUUUAGCGCACCGGUAUGACUCAGAGAAUGACAACAAUGCAGGUGAUCCAGAUACAGAUGCAACUGGUGAUAGUUUGGAGCAAAGUAUUUUACCACAAAAUAAAAUGCAACAUUCUUUACAUGGCAAUAAUAUUGGUUCACGUACUUCACAACAGCAUAGCUCAUUUAAGAGACUCACUCCGGUCAUGGGUAAUCGUGGCUUAGAAACACGUCAAAGUAAACGUUCACAACAACAUCCAUCACGAGAGAAUAGCAAUAGUGGCGGUAGUAGCAGUGGUGGUGGAAAUGGUACACCACAUCCCAUAACUGUAGGAGCACUAGAAGUAAUGAAUGUCAAACGCGUUGUUAAUCGCUAUGGAACUUUACCGAAAGUACAGCGUAUUGGUGCAUUUCUAGACAGUUUAGAGAAUACAACUACAUCAUUACCUACAAAUGCACCAGUGCCUCCAGCGGCAACCACAAAUGGUCAUAUAUUACAUCCGUCUAGACAGCAACCACCUGUGAUUCCUGCAGUUGCUCAGAAACUCGUAACUGUUGCAAAUGCGUCAACACCACCACAACAAAUGAUACGUAGCAAUUCAUCUAGUGGUGUUACCAUGCAAAAUAAUGCUUCAGCAAGUUUAAAUAAAUUGCAACGCCAUCGCACUGCAACUGAUGGCACUAUAAUGACAUUCUCUUCUUUCCGUGGCGCAUCUUCCAGUAAUUCACCAAAACGCGGACAACAACCAGCAUUGGCCAAUUUAGAAUUUCCACCACCGCCAUUAGAUUUGCCACCACCACCAGAGGAAUUUGAAACACCUCCACCACCGCCACCACCAGCGCCCGAAUUGACGACAGCAGUUAAUGCUAAUUCACAGAUAACAUUACCUAAUAGCAGUGUAAACGAUGUCUCCAAUACAGCCCCUAGUGUGGAGGAAGCUAGCUCAAGAUUUGGCGUUUCACUACGUAAACGUGAACCUUCUACUGAUUCUUGUAGCUCUUUAGGCUCUCCACCAGAUGGAGUAACAAGUAAUACUCAAGAACUGAUUAUGAAAGAAAAAUUAAUGGCAGAAAUAAAAGAUCGUUCCAAAGAAAAUUCCUCCAGCAGUGCAAAUACACAAAAUGGCAUACAUGCUCCUGCCAACGGCGUAGAUCCUGUGUCGCUUUUAGUCACAGAAUUAGCUGAAAGUAUGAACUUACCAAAAAAAUCCUCUUUAUCUCAAAAAACACUUGUUGAUACGAAUAAUUCUAAUCAACAAAGCAGUGGUAAUACAAAUACUUUUAAGGCGCAAUUAAAAAAGGUGGAUCAAAAGAAAUUAUCUAUGCCUGUAGCAAAAAAUGAGAAUCAGACUACAAUCAUUGACUUUAAAGCUCACUUACGUAAAGUUGACAAAGAUAUAAAAGACAACAGUAAGAAGGACGAUGAUAACUCUAAACAAAAUAAUCACACCCAAAAGACGCAAAAUAGUAAUUCCUCUGGGGCACUCAACAGAAAAGACGAAAAGAAAUUUACGACACUUAAUAAUGCUGCAAAUGUGCAAACAACUCACAAGACUGAAAUCAAAAUUGACGUAAACAAUUCCAAUGCAAAUUCUAACUCUAAUUCCAAUGCUCAUGAUGUUAAUUUAAACACCAAUACGAAUACCAAUUGUUUCAACUCAACAACUGCAAACGAUGUUGUAGAUUCCACAACUUACAGCGGCACUAGCAGUGACAUUGAUGGUGGCAAACGUCGCAGCACAGGUAGUAUAAGUAGUCUGAAAAAGCUGUGGGAGCAACCUGGGGGUGGCGCUGAUUAUGCCAGCACUCAACCUGCAAAUAGCACAAACACUAACAGCACUCAACUAUCCCCCAACUUCGGUUUGAAACCCUCAAAUGUCUUAGUUACACCUACUGCAAAUCAAAAUAGAUUUCCACCCAUUAGCACACAAACCUCACCUAGAUCCAACAACCCCACAACAAACAAACCACCACCAGCAGCACCUCCACCACCACCUCCGACCAACAAUACCAGUAGCAAUAAUCAAAGUUCAACCAACAAUCCAACUUAUCAACUAACCACUUCCGUUUCGACACAACUCUUCGCAGAUAGCAAUGGAGAGAAAAGCGCUGAAUCAAAUAACUCAACCAAUACCACAACAACAACGACAAACAACGAAAUCAUGUCACAAUCGCUAUACGUAGAGAACACUACGAAUAACACAAAUAACAAAUUAACUGCGUCCACAAUAUCGAACGUCAACAAUACUAAUUUGAACAAACCCGCCGUUCCAUUGAAACCCACCAAGCUUACAAUUUAUGCAACACCUAUGGCACAGAAAAUAGCAGCUGGUACCCUCGAUGCUAAUUCAACACCGAUUACAGCCAUAAACUCUACACAAAUAUCACGCGAAUCAAUAUUGGAGUUAGUUGGUCUACUUGAAGGUACUCUCAAGCAUCCAGUUAGUUCCAUAUCAGCUUCGCAAUGGUUGCAAUUAAGUGAUAAGCUAAAUAUUUUACAGAAUAGUUGCGUAGUUUUCGCAGACAACGAAUCAAUGCCACCGCAUUCCAAAUUCCAUUUUCGUGAGUUGGUAACGCGCGUGGAGACUCAAUCCCAGAAUUUGCGCACAGCUGGUAGUAAAAAUGUGCAAGACAACGAGCGUUUGAUAAACGAAGUCGGUCAGUCACUCAAACAGAUAACGAACGCGUUGCAUAGGUAAAUAAUAAGGAACGGGGCGGGGGCUGGUAAUGCAGAUGGCAAAGGUGGUGGCUUCGAUUUAUGGCUCGAUGCUGAAGGAAAUUUCAUUAAA